AUGGUUGAUAGCGAAGCGAACUCACCUACGUGGAAGUUCACACAGUGUUUUGGUGACAAGGGCGAUGUCGAAGAUAUCACCGAGGCCGACAUUAUCUCUACAGUUGAAUUCGAUCAUACCGGAAACUAUCUCGCUACUGGCGACAAGGGCGGUAGGGUAGUGCUUUUCGAACGAAACGAAACGUCUCACGAGCCCGAAUUCGACUACCUAAAGUCACUCGAGAUCGAGGAAAAGAUCAAUAAGAUAAAGUGGUGCAGACGACAGAACGCCUCGCACUAUCUGCUCUCUACCAAUGACAAAACAAUCAAGCUAUGGAAGGUCUUUGAGAAGUCGCUCAAGGUCGUGGCCGAGAACAACCUCUCUCACGAUGUUACGCCUGGAAGUAUCGCUGGCGGUGGUGGCGCUCCUAAACCUCUACCUGCUCACCAAUUCAAGAACUCUGCCGACCUGAAGCUACCUCGCCUCACACACCAUGACACAGUCGUCGCCGCCGUCCCACGUCGAACAUACGCCAACGCACACGCUUAUCACAUCAACAGCAUUUCAGUCAACAGUGACGGGGAGACCUUUAUUAGCAGUGAUGAUCUGAGAAUCAAUCUUUGGAACCUGAACAUUCAGGAUCAGAGCUUCAACAUUGUUGAUAUCAAGCCCGCUAACAUGGAAGAACUCACCGAAGUUAUCACAGCUGCUGAAUUCCAUCCUAUGAGCUGCAACUGGUUCAUGUAUGCAAGCUCCAAGGGUACUAUCAAGCUUGCGGAUAUGCGAGAGAGCGCUCUGUGCGAUCAGCACGCCAAACUAUUUGAACAAGAGGAAGACCCUUCUUCGCGAUCGUUCUUCUCCGAAAUCAUUUCUUCCAUUUCUGAUGUUCGAUUCUCGCACGACGGCCGAUACAUUCUAUCUCGUGACUACCUGACUGUCAAAAUUUGGGAUAUCAACAUGGAGCGACAGCCUGUCAAGACGAUACCGAUUCACGAGCACCUCCGACCACGGUUGUGUGACACAUAUGAGAACGAUAGCAUUUUCGACAAAUUCGAAGUCGUCUUCUCUGGCGACGCAAAGAAUGUUAUGACAGGAAGCUACAACAACAACUUCAUGAUCUAUCCUUCAGACCCCGAGAAGGAGGUAGAGGUUGUUCUUCAGGCAGACAAGUCUGCUUUCAAGGCCAAGAAGGUUGGGGUACCCACACCAAUCAACUCGUCGACGAGCCCGACAGCAACCAAUGGCAAGAAGGGUGGCUCCAGAGCUGGCAGCCCAGGUGGUCAGGGCCAGCGAAUGCGUAAGGAGACAGACGCGGACCAGAUCGAUUUUAACAAAAAGAUUCUGCAUAUGAGCUGGCAUCCGUUCGAGGACAGUAUUGCGAUUGCGGCCACAAACAAUCUAUUUGUCUUCUCAGCACUCUAG